CAGUGCAGGGCAGGGCAGAGCUGCAGUGGUCGUGCGGGCAACUCCAUGAGCUAAGGAAGGCAUAAGGACUGCUUCUGAAUCUAAUCAACACUAGAAGAAAUGCUCAGACUUCUGAAGAUAUAUUUCUUAUUGAUAUUAAUGAAUCCUGCUGAGAUUACUCGCAGUCAGAACUCUGAAGAUUUGCCUCCGUUGUUACACAAAGCUGUGGAGGAAGUAAUGACUGGGAAAUACCUAAAUGCUCUCCUCGAUAUACUUCAUUUUCAGAGGUAAUGUAUUACUCUCGCCAUCUUGCACUUCACGUCUGAUCUGUUUCAUUUCCAAAAAGCUGAAACAUUAUGAAAUUGGUAGCUGAUUACUUUGAUCUAGAUCUACUGUGAGGAAUAUUUUGUCCUAAUGAGGAGAAGGCUGUUUUUUCAUGAUAAAGCACAAAGCAAGCAUAGGAUGAGGCUGAGAAUCUGAAUGCAUGCUACAGUUUUCAAAAACCUUGAUAAUUAACUUAUUUCAUGUAUUUCAGAAGGCUUCUUGUGGAAGGUAGGUGCAGUUCCAGAGUGCAGUCAGCUUCCAGUCCUGCUUCGCCCUCCAUCCAUCCCUCUUCCUCCAGCUCUUGGUGACUUUGUAAUUAUUGCCAAUUUUGUCUAAAUAUGGAACAGAGUAAAAGCCUCAAUUCCACCCUGAUGUACUUUGAGAAAAUCUGUCUGGGUAGAGAAGAAAUGCUGACAUUAAUAACUGUGCUGGGGAAAAGGCAGUAAAAAUUAGUCCCCAUACUUGCUUUGGAUAAGCAGAUCAGAAGAGGUAUAAUGAGGAGCCACCGCACAGCUCAUCUCAUGACUGACAGCAUGUCAGAAAAUUGAUAUUAUUAGGAAGGGGAAAUGGAUUUAGACAAAAAACAAAAAAACAAAAAACCAUAACUAAUAGAUUUCUCUUCUAACUAUUCAUUGCAUUCAGUAUGUUCGCUGUUAAUCUGGUUAGGCCAAAAACCAGAAUACUUGUGUCAUGUAGUUGUUACUGAUAGUGUUUGCUUCUCUUACUGUCUUGACUAAAUCAGCUAUUUUAUAUGCUAUAUUAUUUUGCUGGCACUUUUGUUCCUGUUUUCUCUUGCAGUUCUGAUGCAUGGACAGCAGAUAUGGUUACAAAAGUCAUGGCAUAUUUCCAUGCUCGAGAGGUUAAAUUUACUCUUCUCAGCCUACAGACGUCCAUACAGAGUUACUUGAAGAACCUUUUAUACCAGCCCAGGCAGCUGCUGUCUGCAUUUCAACAACUUGAUCAACAGCAGUUCCAGACUGCAAUGAAGUAUCUCUUCAACAGCAGAAAGGACUAUCUCAUCAACAGUAUUUAAGGACCUCUAUGACAAAACCUCAGCAAAUACACAGAAAGCUCUGUAUGGCUGGAUGAAGGAGAUUCUACAAAAACCCUAUAACAGAAGCGAUUUCAAUGAAUCAGCUUCAUGGGUCAGCGCAGAAAACUUAUGGAUUUUGGGAAGAUACAUGGUCCAUCUGCCUUUGGAAGAAAUUCUGAAAAUUAAUCUCAGUGAAAUAAGACUAUUCAUUAGCUACGACAAUGCAACAAAGCAGUUGGACACGGUGUAUGAUAUCACACCAGAGCUUGCUCAAGCCUUCCUGGAGAGAAUAAACUCAUCAGGAUUUGAUGUGAGAAACACGUCAACUGUCUACAGGCUAGGUUUGUUGGUUUGCUUUUAUGAUGACAUGGAACAGAUGGAUGCCGCUGUGGCCCGGGCUUUACUUCAUCAGAUGAUUAAAUGCAAUCAAUUAAAAGGUUUCCAGGCCAAGGUUCAGAAGCUUAAAUCUCAGCUCCUGAAUAUUGCCAUGCAGAACCAGACAUUGAAUGAUACCCUUGGAUCGCUGUCAGAUGCUGUGGUUGGGCUGACUUCAGGCCAGCUGGAAUCUUUGUCACCUGAAGCAGUGCAUAACGCUAUUGCAACACUAAACCAAGUCUCUGGGUGGGCAAAAAGCCAAGUUAUGAUUUUAUCCAGUAAAUACCUCUCUUAUGAAAAGGUUUUAUCAUUUUAUAAUGUUAGCCAAAUGGGUGCACUGGUGACUGGUAUUAGCACUGAGUCAUUCUACAGAAUGAACCCAAAAGAGCUUUCUCAGGUCAUUCGAGGCACAACAUCCCAGUACUCAUCGGACUUAUCUCCUGCACAACAGCAGGGGAUCCUCAGGAAGAUAGCUUCAUCUACAGAUUUUUCUUCACUGGUCACAGAUAUACAAGGAGCUUUCUUUAGAGAAAUAUCUCUUUCUGAUUUAUGGAAGGAGAAUGGAUAUAAUUCUUCAAUGAUGAAAGAAAAAGAACUAAGAAGCAGCCAGGCCUUGUAUCUGUAUGAGUUACUGUCUAAGAAAAGUUCUUCUGUUGACCUCCUAAGUACAGGACAGCUUCUGAAAGGAGUGACUUGUCAGCUGAUUGAAAGUAUGGGCACAGACUCUUUUUUAAACCAUUUCAAAGUCUUUGAAAAUAAUCUUCAUCUGCUUUCCCCAUAUCAGAUUAAUUGUUUGGCUUGGAAGUUUUGGGAAGUCUCCAAUGCAUCUAUUCCUCCCUUCUUCUUCUUGGUGCUUCCGACUGAGUACCUGGAGUACAUUUCAGGCCCUCUGUGUGUCCCUUUCAUUGAAAGCCUUGGGAAGACUGAGGUGGACCUCUUGAGUCCAAGCUUUCACAAAAAAGAAACUGUGCUGCAGAAAGUGCAGGAGUGCUUGGUAGGCACGGUUAGGUGGAAUGGCUCCAUUACUGAUGAAUAUGAUGUUGACCUACUUGGGAAUCUAAUCUGCCACUUACCUCCAGCUUUUCUACAUGCCAGAAUGUCCCUAAAGGCAACAGCAACAGCCCUUCAUCAAUUCAAACUCUGCCGACAGCUCAGCCAUGAGCAGAAGACUGAAAUUAAAUACAAACUCCUCGAGUUAUAUGGCUCUCCAAAGAACUGGACAGCUGAAACAACAUUAGAUGUUGGACCAUUCAUAGCUCAGUUGUCAAAAGGAGAACUAAAUGUCCUUGCUGAAAAGUUUCCAGAUAUCAUUUUGCGAAUAGCAAAGACAAUUGGACCACCUUCUUCAGCUGAAGAGCUUCUAUCAACUGUAUUUGAAUCUGUCUUCAAUGCCACUGCCAGCAUGGAACCACAUCUCACCACACCAGAUUGCUUGGGAACCAGAGCCCCUUCUUCAGAUGAAAUUAUUAAGUUAGCAGAAGCAAAUGUCUAUUGGUCAGCUCAGGAACUGAAAUGCAUGGAUGCAGGCACUUUCGACAAAAAUGUAGAACUUCUUGGGGCUGUCUCCGGUUUUAACAACUCCCAACUUAUGGCCUUGAAGGAAAAAGCCAAGCAGGUUUGGGGGUCGCCGCUAGGCUGGAAGAGCUACCAUAUUGUUUCUCUGGGGCACAUUGCACUGGCACUCACUGAAAAUGAAAUUGAAGAGCUAGAUUUACAUUCAAUUGACACCGUUUCUGUCCUCAGUCAACAAGCAGAAUGGACUCUCGCUCAGGCGAGAUCUAUUUUGCGAAGUUUUCUAGAAGAUUCUGGGCAAACAAUGAGUACGCUAAAAAGCUUUGAUUUAGUUGGAUUGGGAGCUAUUCUCUGUGCUCUGAACUCCACAGAAAUCAUGUCCAUAAGGACUGCUGAAUUCAGUGCUGCUGUUGCAAGAAUUGGCCUCUUGCUGUGUAGCACCCCUGUUCUGAAGCAGUUUAAGAAGAUAACAGAGUCUGUGUUUGGAACUGCAACCAGCUGGAAUGGCUCUGUGUUACAGGAAAUUGGUACUAUAGCAGGUGGUUUGAAUGAGGAUGAAUUAAAAGCUUUUGAUAAAAGCCUGAUGCCAUAUUUCCAGCCAAUAGCAAUAAGAAGCAUACCUGCUGAAAUUUUCCAAGCAUUGUCACCAGAACAAAUAGCAAACUUGGGCCCUGAAAAUGCUGCUAUGGUUACAGGAUCACAGCGUGAGCAUCUGAGUGCAUCACAGCUCCAGAGCCUUCAGUUGGCACUGGAUGGAGCCAGAACCAGCACCCCGGAGGCACCCAGCACAGCUUGCAUACCACUGUCGAGGCGACCCCCAGCUCCAGGUGGUGCUCCCGGUCUGAGCGGCUUCAACAUCUGGUUGUGUGCUUUGUUCACACUUGCAUGUGCCUUUCUGAAACCAUGAUUGUUAAGCUUAUGUGUUGUGGAGAUUAUGAAAAGGAGGUGCUGAAGAUCUGCAGCUUAGCACAAAUAGCAGAAUGAAGAGGUGCUCAGAUGCCUGAGUUCAACCUGGUUAAUUUCUUAAAAGCAACACCUUCAUCUGGCAUCAUGAUGUGAAGUAUCUCCUUUCCUUUCCUUUACCAUUAACAAGUAAGAUGGGAUCCCUCCAAAUACUUCAGAACAAAUUUUAUAUUGCAAAUGCCUUAUAUGUAUCAUGAGAAAGUUACUGAAAGAUAAGUUUAUAUGUUAGAGAGGAGCCUGAAUGACACAGAGGACGGGCAACUGGUAUAUUUUAUCCCAAUCCUUUUUAUUCUGGUUUAUUUGGUCAUGCUAUUUUAAUCCAUCUGUUGCAUUUUCUUCUUAUUGUUUAUAGCCUCAGGACGGAGGCUCUUCCUGUGUGACAUAUUAGAAGCCACACUGAAAGUUACUGCUGUUGCAAUAAAAUAAUUUCAUCUCUGGGACAGUAGUUUAAAUCCUGCUCAGCUAAGAAGUAGUCGUGUGAUCUUAUUUAAGCAUUUUUAAUAAAUGUAUUCCCCACAGCUGCAUGUAUACAACACAGAAUUGUUACCACAGAGGGCAGUGCAAUACUGUUAGUAUUUGAUGUGACAAAAUGCACCGUGGAAAGCUUGUUAUUUUCAUCACAUGAUGGCCCUCUGCUUUGGUCAGGGUUGAAGGAUACAGCUAGAAACUGUAGGAGAAAACUGUUCACUGGGACUAUAUACUACUAGGACUGUCAAUCCAGCACUUUCCACAAGGUCUAUAAUAAUUUAUCAUAACUAUAAACCUAUAUACAUAUACAUUAUAAACUAUAAACAAACUAUAAAAAUAGUUUGUGUGUCUAAUGCUUUUCAUGUCAGACCUAAGUAUUUUAAACUAUGGAAAAACAGAUAAAUUAAAAAAUCUCUGCAUGUAAAUAUUCAUUUCUGUGUUCAUCAGCAUGGUUUUAUGCCAAGAAUUCAUGGUACCAUUUUCCAUUUUGCCAUUGCAAAAGUCCUUAUUCUGGAAUUAAAAAAAAGGCAUUGAGCAGUCUUAAAAGUUCAAUUUCUCAAUUUAGGGCUGUGCUGUAGUAAAUGUCUUUCAGACUUUUAUUUGUAUUUCUUUAUGGCAAACAUCAAAUCUAUCUUCUUUGCUCUGAAAGCAGAUUUGAAAAGUUGCUACAGUUGGGAAAGGGAUAGGAAUAGGGCUGGAGAGAAGCAGCUGCAGCUUCUUGCUGGGGAAGGGUGAGCUUUUGCUGUUGCUGGGAGCUCCCACCACAGUCCCAGAUAGUCUGUAAUUCCUGCAGCAGCAGGAGCCAACCUGAUUUUCAGGACUCUGUUAUUGGCAAAGGAAGCAGUGAGGGCAUGGCCAUUUUUCACCCCCUCCUCUUCCAUCUUGCCCUUUAGCAACCUGCUGCUUUAGGAACUGCCUUUGCCUAUCUCUAACCCUAGAAAAUGUGACAUGAUGUUGCAAACAAUACUACAUACUUUGCAUUUUAUGAGCAAAGAACUACUAUUGCUGCAAGUUGCCUUGCAACUUUUUCUCUAGUACUAAUGGUAAAAUACCAGCUUUUUCCCCACUGCAUUUCCUUUUCUGCAUAUAAACAGUAGAUUGUGGCAUUUCUUUAAAUAGAAAUAAAUCCCAGCAAAUACAUGCGAGCACCCACUAAAGCAAAAAAUGCUUUGAUGGAUCAAGCACAUUAUACUUAUCUGUUUUCUCAUCUUAAAAAGUCCUGCCUCAUUGAAAUGUGAAAGCACUAAAAGGUUGUUUGGUUUCCAUAAAUUACUUAACUUGAAUUUUGUGUACACUUCUGUGAAGAUGCAGGAGAAAUAUUGUCAUAGUCAAGAAGAGAGACGGCAUUUCCAGUUCAGCUGUGAAAGUCAGAUACGUGACUUAGCUAUACCAAGUGCUUCAAAAAUCCAUAUGAGCCGAAAAUAAUCUUCUGUCAAUCUACCUGGGAGUGAUUCUGUCUGCAAUUACGUGAGUCAAGAGUUCAGCUUUUAAUUGGAGCAGGAAUGAGCUCUUUGUUUUGUGCCAUCUGUGCUGUAAUUUCUUUCAAGCACAAGUGCUUUGAAAUAGCUGAAUUCCUUGAUUAUUUAUUACUUUUAUUAAUAAUUAUGUUAAUAUCUUCACUGCAUUUACAUUUGGUCAAAGGCUUAUCUAUUUCUUAUAAGAGUAGUGUAGAAAAUGUAAAUGCAGAGUUGCCACUGGAUGUUGAAUUUGCUUCAUGGUGAGAGGAGAAGUCCUCUUUGGUUUGUGUGACCAUGUGAGAGCAUCUCGGGUGAUGAGUAUUGUAGAAAUGUAAUUUUACGUUUGCCAAUGUACCUCUUAUGAAUGUCAAAGAUGAAAAAUUUCAUUCUGCAAAAACUGUGCAUGAUAUGCCUAUCUCUGAAUUGUUGAAAACGAAUCUCUGUGAGGAGGACUUAAAGGGAACAACUACCCAUUCACAGCAUCUGAAAAAUAUCCCUGUAAAGCCGACAUUAUGGCUGUUGUCAGUUUUUGUACAGUAUGUGGAAUGUGUGACUUCUAGUGAUCUCAAUCUGUCACAUCCGUGCUAACCAACACCUAUCAGUGUGACACUCUUUUAAAUAUAUGUAUAUAUCCUUCCUUAAUUUUAAAUUUAAGAAGCCCUUUAUGUCUUUGUAUAAUCUGCUCAAAUACUCCAGAGGUAGUUAUGCACUGCAUCAUGGCAGAUUUAGUUUAUCAUUUGACUGCUGUGCCUGUCUUGGGAUCAUCACCACCCAGUUUGUUCUCCCAUAACACAGCUUGCAGUCCCAUCCUAUUUGACUGGGAUCUUGUUAGAAGUCCCAUUCUAUCUCCCCAUCUUGAAGCACAUGUGACCAUGCCUUCCAGGUGUGCCAGCUGAAAUAUGUGGGGAUAUGGGAGAGAUCCUACUAACUCAAAGAACUCUUGUUUCGCAACUCAGGAAUAAGCAAGGAAUUAACCAUUACUUGGAGUGAUUCACAUGAAUAGGUAAUUCCACAGCACUGACCACAGGGCAUGUGCUGGAAUUAUGUGCUCUUACCAUCUUGUGGUUGUUGUAAAUUAUCAUUUGAGGAAUCAUAUCUCAUUCAGCUGAAGUACCUCAUCCCCUUCUGAUCAACCCGAAUAACCUUUCUUUUUUCCCCUCAAGAAACCCUGAUUUUCUAGGCUGAUAUGCAAGUGUAAGCAAUGAGAUCUUUAUCUCAGUGAAAAUGUUUUUGAUAAGUAUGUAGUUUAUUUGUUUUUUAGGAGGACUGUAGCUAUGUGGGCCUAAUAUCUCAAGAGAGCUAAGAACCUUAUUUUACUCCCUUAUAGUCCUUGAUUAGUAAGAUACUCACUCCUCUGUCGUAUGAUGUAACACAACCACAUGGACUGCUUAAUCCACUGCUGUUCAGGUCAGGGCUCUGUCUUCCCAGUGCAACAGGAAGGAGACUGGGUAGAAAAGACAAGUCUGCAAAGAAUACACACAAACUCCUAAUGAAAAUUAAAUUUCUCUUACCCCUAGAAAUAUGAAAUAAUUCCUUGGAAAGAAUAUUUUGUGCACUGUUAUACAGCAUGUUUUAAAAAGUGCAGAUAAAGGCUAAACUUUUCAAACAAAUUAAUGUACCAUUCACAUAGUUCUUUUCAUAUAUUUUGGUAAGGUGUUUGGUCCAUGAUGAGACUUUAUCUGCUCAGUUCCUAAACAGAGAAAUUAGGAGACUAGGACUAGUUCAAAUACUCUGCCAGUCCUUGUCUCUGCUGGGACCUGUAGCAGUUCUUUACCAGACAAUAUUUUUGUCAAAAUUAACAUCUUGUUUAUUCUACCCAGAAGUAUACAGUAUGGAAAUGCAUUACAUUUUUUUCUGCUCAGAGUACUGCUCAGCCAAUGCCCAUCUGUCUGUUCCUGCCCUUCGCUGUUCAGCAUCAUUCUGCUUUUCUGGUCCGGAUUAAUGAGGAUUUUCUUGCCCUCAUGAUAUAAGAACACAUGGCAUGCUCAGAAUUUGCAAUCCAAGUGACUGUACAUUACAGUAUUAAUUGGAGAAGUUAUGAUCAGUGGAUUUCUUGCUUUGCUGGUAGCCAUGUAACAUUUAUUUUCUAAAAUUUUAGCUGGUAUUACUUACUCUAGUAGAUAUUUAAUAGCAUCUCACUUAGGAUCUGAAAUCUUCUCUUUGGAGGACUAAAAGAAGAGACACCAGAAGGUGUAGGGGGGAAAUGUGACAAUUACAGCAUGGUAUUUUUUUCUGGUAAUCUUUUCUCUGAGAAGUGUUAACCAUUGUAUAAAAAUGAACUGUACAAAGAAUAGGCAUUGCUAUAGUCCAAAUCAUGUGUUGGCUUAAUGCAGAAGGUAAAGCUGCCCUAGGUCAUCUCUAACCAGAGCCUGACAUGUUUUGGUAUUUAAUCAGACGUCAGAAAACAGUUCAGACCACAAACAAGCUCUGAAUAUAUCCUGUAUGAACUGAGAAAAUAACUAUUUAUUCUUGUCACGAUAUCAUUGAUGCCAUUGAUUCUGAAAGAGGUGAAUCAUUUAUGUAAUUGUUUCCAUAACUUGCUUUAAUCAGAGGUUUUUCUGUGCAAGAAGUACAUUCCUCUUUUUCAGGAGAGGCACCCUCUCUUGUCUCUCUAAAAUGAUCAUUAAAAUUAUGUAAUUUAUUUCUGUA